AUGUGGCGGAUUUCAGCCGUCCUGCAGAUCGUCUUGUGUCUCCAGGCGCGCGCGGCUGUCACACAACCAGAACAGCCGCUGAUUGCGUUUAACGUCAUGAACCUCACGGCCAAGGCCGAGACGCUAAGCCACCGUGUUGAAUACAACUUCCUCGUCCAGACGUCGCGCUCGGCUCCAGUGGUGCAGUGCAACGCGCUGCAGACCAACCUCAACGAGUCCUUGUCCAACGUCUCCAUGACCAGCUGCGACUCCAACUCUGGCCUUUCCUUCUCGUGGCGGCAGUUCGGCGACGGCCACGCCGAGCUGAUGCUGCUCCGCAAGGUGUCCGACACGCUGCCCGUCAGGGACGUCGGCGUCCACCCCAUCAGCAGCGAUGAGAUCGGCGAGGUGGCUUCCGGCACUCAGUUUGAGCACCAGGCGUACCUGGGGCCAACCAACUUUACCGUUCCUGCUGUGAGGGUGUAUUAA